AUGGCAAAACUCUUCAAAAAGAACGUCUUGAAGACGAGCAAUGACGCACGGACUCAGGCCUCGCAGCUCACGCUGCGGCAAUCCAUAUAUCCACUUGUGCUUGUGACAAUCCUAUUCUUCCUCUGGGGAUUCUCAUAUGGUCUUCUGGACACCUUGAACAAGCAUUUCCAAAAUGUUCUCGGAAUUACAAGAGCUAGGUCUGCCGGUCUUCAAGCAGCCUACUUCGGAGCAUACCCGCUGGCAUCGCUUGGACACGCGAAUUGGCUACUCCGUCACUAUGGCUACAAGGUUGUCUUCAUUUGGGGAUUAUGCCUGUACGCCGUAGGAGCCCUAGUAGCGUGGCCAUGUCUACUCUACAAGUCUUUUGGUGGAUUCUGUGCCGCUAUUUUCAUCAUUGGAAACGGCCUUGGCUCCCUUGAGACCGCUGCAAACCCCUUCAUCACGGUAUGCGGACCCCCGAAGUACGCCGAGAUGCGUAUCAACCUCUCGCAAGCCUUCAAUGGAAUCGGCACGGUCAUUGCGCCGGUCCUUGGGUCUUAUGUAUUCUUCAACGAUAUCGGAGACGAUGUCCAGUCAUUGAGAACAGUGCAAUGGGUUUACCUGGCAAUGGCUUGCUUCACGUUCCUACUCGCGAUCGUUUUCUACUUCUCGCCAAUCCCGGAGAUCACGGACGCAGAUAUGGAGUUCCAAGCGGAAGAGUCACAGGCAAAUCCGUCAGCAGUCCAGCCGUUCAGCAAACAGUACCGACUAUUCCACGCUUCAUUUGCGCAGUUCUGCUACACGGGCUCUCAGGUGGCAAUAGCCACUUUCUUCAUCAACUAUGUCAAAGACACUCGCCCCGGAACAUCGGAUUCAACUGCAGCUCGGUUUCUAAGCGGAGCACAAGCUGCCUUUGCAGUAGGCCGCUUCGUUGGUGUUGCUCUCAUGAGGUUCAUACGCCCGAGAUGGAUCUUUCUGGUGUACAUGACAAUGUGCAUUGUCUUCCUCGCCCCUACUAUUACGCAGCGCGGCGACACUGGCAUGAUAAUGCUGUACCUCACCUUGUUUUGGGAGAGUAUCAUCUUCGCGACGAUCGUGGCACUGGGCAUGCGCGGAUUAGGUAAGCACUCAAAGCGCGGCUCUGGUUUCAUCAUUGCAGGUGUGUCUGGCGGCGCCGUCGUUAGCCCAGCCAUGGGCGCUGCUGCUGAUGCGCGUGAUGUGAAUGGUCACGGCGGCACAGCCAUCGCGAUGGCCGUUCCCCUUGGCUUCUUCCUGGUCCCCUUGAGCUACGCCAUCUGCGUGAACUUCGUUCCCGCCUAUCGCGACGUCAUUGAUCGCACUUUUGAGUCCACGCUCGGAUUGCAAGGUUCUCAGAUGAAGGAUGUGGAGAGCGGAAGUGGUACCGAUAUCGCUGUUGGCAAAGAGAAGGGAGCUUCUGUUCAUGCAGAGCAUCGUGAUGAGGRGAUCACUAGCGAGAUGCGAAAGAUGUGA